CUUCUUCUUAUUUUUGCGUUCUCAUAAAAAUAUCUUUGAUACAAAGAACAUCGGAGAGGAGAAAGAUCAGUGUAGAACUAUCGGGAAAUUCUCUAAUUUGGAAUCGAGUUUCAGUUUUGGAGAAAAGAUGGAAGGAGGAGAUGAAGAAGUGAGUAUCAAAGAGCUAGCUUCGAAUCUCACUACUUACAAAGAGCAGCUCGAACAGGUUAGGCAGCUUUUGUCUGAAGACCCUAGAAACUCGGAAUAUGCAGACAUGGAAAAGGAGCUGAAAGAGUCUCCCGUAGCGUGUGUGAACAUCAUUGAUCUUAAUACUCUUAGGUUACUUGAGCAUCUAGCGGACUUGUUUCAGUUAUGGGGUUUGAAAGGUGAGUAUAUAUUCGAGUGCCAUGUAACUCCGGCAGUGGAGUUUGGGUCAGCCAAAAGCAGUUGUUGGAGUAUACAUGAAAUGAAAGUAGGAGAAUUAGCAAGGAAUUCAUCAUUUCUAUCUUGGUUUAUUGUGCAGGUGAUUGCAUUGACGGAGGAGCUCCUUGCAACCGCGAAGCAUAAUGAGAUUUCUCUAUCAGAUGCUGAAGCAACUGCUGGAUCACCGGAUUUACUAGAGGCUGCUUGGGGGAAGGAUUCAAGGAAUGACCCAAUACAUGAGGGUAAGUUCCCCAUUGGAACAAAAGUUCAAGCUGUCUAUAGUGACGAUGGCGAGUGGUAUGAUGCGACCGUCGAGGCACAUACUCUAAAUGGCUAUUUUGUUUCAUAUGAUGAGUGGGGUAACAAGGAAGAGGUUGAUCCAGAUAAUGUGAGGCCAAUAGAGAACAAUGCUCUCUUGGAAGCUGAAAGACUAGCUGAAGCUACCAAGAAUGCUCUCAAGAGGAAGAUUGAGCAAUCUGCGAGUUCUGAUUUUCAAUCCAAAACCCUACCAGCGAAGCUUAAAAUCGAUCCUAAUGAUCCCGAGGAUGUGAAAAUUGCAAAGCGUAAGAAGAUACAUGCUUUUAAGUCAAAAGCGAGGCAGGAGCAACUCGAGGUUGCACAGAACAAGAAACAGAACGCUUGGCAACAGUUUCAGACAACUAAAGCCAAAACUAAAAAGGUAGGGUUCUUUACAGGGAGGAAGAAAGAGAGUAUUUUCAAAUCUCCGGAAGAUCCAUUUGGAAAAGUGGGUGUGACGGGAAGUGGGAAAGGUUUGACAGAUUUCCAAAAGAGAGAGAAGCAUCUUCAUCUUAAGUCUGGUAAUGCUGAGGGCACUGAUGAAUGAGAGAGAGAGAGAGUGUGUUAUGUUUCUAAGUAUUUUAAGGUACUUUAGUCUUUCUGAAAACAUAAAACAGAAAGAUUUAAAACUCACAAGCUUUUUUGUGGAUCUCUACUCUUGUAAGUUGAAUCGAAGAUUAGUUAUUUCUUUCUUUUCAGUCAAAUCGCUUUGUUUCUUUAUAGUUGACUAUAGUGGAGCCGACCAGUCCAGUGAAAUACUAC